AUUUCGGAUACUUCUGGAGUUUCCAGCGGUUAGCCACGUGGAUUCUUGCACCUGUCCUGUCCUCUCCACUGCCACCGUCGUUCCUCAGGUCCGUUCCAAGGGUAGCUAUGGAACUCGAUCUGCCGCCGCAACCGACCCCGCCACUCACCGACCUGGCCGCCUCCAUCCACCGCGCCGCAGCGGCCGCGGCAGUGCUCUCAGCCCCCGCGCCCUCCUCCCAUGCCGCCGCCGCGGUGGCUGCCCUUCGCGACGCCCACGCUGCCAUCGGUUCUUUCCUCUCCCGCCUCAACGUAUCGUACGGUGAUGAUCAUCAACCCAUGGCGGAUAGCGGCGAGGAGUUGGUGGAGGAUGGGGAGGGGGCGCAGAUGGUCGGGGAGGCGGAGGAGAGGCUCCGGAACUGCGGCCUGCAGGGGAGCAAGCGGCGGAAACGUCCUGUGCCGCCUUCAUGGCCCCUAGGGCGCCGCUCGAGCAGCAGUUCCGAAGCGGCGGCGGCAGCCGCCGCGCCGGUGCCGGUGCUGGACGUCGAGGAGCGGCGACGCGCGACCAUGGAUCUCUUGAUGCAAUUCCAUGCGUGAUGCGUAGGAAGGAACGUGAGUGAUAUUCUGUCUUGACGCCAUAACGGAAAUUUAGUUGUUUGCAUCAGUGUUAAAUGUGCUUUCUAAAUUUUUGUCUCUAAAUUAUCAUUCGGAGAGUCACUAUCUAUAUCUUUUCAUCCUUCAACAACUUUUCUA